UUUAAUAAAACUUGAACACAAUUAAGUAGGUGAGGAACCACAAAUUUCUUCCGUCUUGUGCUGAUUACUCUUUCUGAGCUUUGGAGCUAUCGAAAUUUCUGAAUCUGAAAGUUUGAGUAGAGAUGGCUUCAGAUCGAAAAGUUUUAACUUUCGAAGAAGUUUCACAGCACAACAAAACUAAGGAUUGUUGGCUUAUUAUUUCCGGCAAGGUGUAUGAUGUGACUCCAUUCAUGGAUGAUCACCCUGGAGGUGAUGAAGUCUUGUUGUCCUCAACAGGGAAAGAUGCUACAAAUGAUUUUGAAGACGUUGGUCACAGCGACACUGCUAGGGACAUGAUGGAUAAAUAUUUCAUUGGUGAGAUUGAUUCGUCUAGUGUUCCAGCAACAAGGACAUAUGUUGCACCGCAGCAACCAGCGUACAACCAAGACAAGACACCGGAAUUCAUCAUCAAGAUUCUUCAGUUCCUUGUUCCGAUCUUGAUCUUGGGACUGGCUCUUGUCGUCCGUCACUAUACCAAGAAAGACUAGAAGCCAAAGGCUUGCUUUUGCUUGUCAUUGAUUAUCUCUACCGAUCUGUGUCUAUCUCUCUUGCUAAAAAAGUACUGUUACUGUUGUUUGGUCUUAGACUGAUUCUUGUUGAAAUUACGAACCAAAAAUAUUGUGUUGCUAGUUUCGUCGUGGUCGCCUAGUUUUGCUUUGUUGAGUUUA